AUGAGCUUCACAUCUCCCACCGAGCAGUUCAAUGGCUACCAAGCUUUCAGUUCUGGACCUUCAUCGUCGAAAACGCCCGCACAGUCUUCUUCAUCAAGAGUUGACUUUAGCGACCAGUCAUACGAUAUGCCUUACUUUUCAGAUCCUGAUGUUUCCGUAUCCAACCCUCAGAUAGCGAGCACUCCGUCAAAACAGUCUGUCGCCGACGUUCCUCGAGGCUUUACGCCAAAGCAAUUAUCAGACGCUCCAAAGACGAAGAGUUUUGACAAGAAGAGACUCUCCAGCAUUCCCAACACUGCUCAGCAAGCUCAGCCUUCGCAACCUCUCGAGGCCAAGACAGAUUACACAGAAUUCCUUGAGAGCCUCGAGUUUCCUUCCAUCGCAGACAGCAAGAUUACUCAAGGCUCUGGAGAUCUCAGUACAAUCCCUCAGGCACCAGAGGCCUUCAAAGGCAUCAAGGAGAGGUUUGACAAGAUCCAGUCUUGCUUACCCCCUAAACAACAAGUAGCUUGGAACGCGCAAGAACUCUUUGACGAACUGAUCAAAGUCCUUCCAAAGAUCCUCAGGACUCAUUCGGUCUUCAUCUAUGUCGAUGGUCUCAAUUACUCAGAAGGCCAAACGGCCCCAAAGCUUGUGCAAGACUUUUCCAAGUUGGUCGAAAAGUCUCAGAUUCCCACCAAGGAUGCCACCACAACUCAUGGACUAAGAAUCAUCUUUUCUAGCACGCCUUACCCUAUGAGAGAUCCCUUUCCUAGAUUGUGUAUAUCAGUUGACGAAAAGAAUGGACCAAGUUUGAGAAAACAUUUGGAAGGGCAGCUCUCCAAUAUCGACCUCAAUACACAACGCGUAGUCUCCACGAAGGCCGGAUCUUCAUUCAUCUCGGCUCGUUUGAUUGUGAAUCACAUCAAGCUCUUUGGACCUGGGCAGUCAUCUCUUGUUCAACAACCAGCGCCUACACCCGCCCCAAUCUCUUUCUUGCUAGGCGUUUAUUUCCAGGACAUGGCACACCAAAGCAGCAAUGGUCUCCCUUCACUCUUCAAAUGGUGUUGCUUUUCAUCAAGGCCACUUAGUCUGCCUGAACUUCGGGUCGCUCUGGCUCUCGAUGCUCUCCCCAAAGUCGUUUCCAUCAAGGAAUUGUCCCAGACGGAGUACUUGACGCGAUUGGGUUCUGAUGAGAGCUUCCAAUCAUGGAUUAAAACCACUUCCUGGGGUCUUCUUGAAACUGUGACUGUUGGUGGUCAGAAGGUUGUGAAGCCUAUGCAUGACAGCGUAUCAGAUUUCUUUAUCUCGAAGGGUUUGGGUAUCCUUUCUUACAAAGCUCAGGCUGCAGGUGCCACGGCCUCUCGUCUCCAUCAGGCCCAUCAUUCCAUCGCCACUUGCCUUCUGCAAUAUCUUGCAAUCCUGUCCAAAGAACCAAAAUGGGGGUCAAUGGCUCGUACAGACCCAGCACUCCGACUUGUCGGGUACGCUGCUAGCUGGUCGUAUCAUAUCAAUUCUGCAGGCUUGGGGAAACAAGAAGCAUCGAAGCUUCUGAAGGUGAUGGGUUGGCCAUCGGAUCAAACACUCAAUGUCUUGGUCAAGCUUGGUCUCGGAGAUCUCCAGGGGACACACUGGACUCACCUAUUUGCCAUCUGUGGCCAUGCUCACUUCCUGUCAGUCGCUAUUAGAAAAGCUGGAAACGAUGUCCUUGAUGUUCAGGAUCUCCAAGAGAGGACGCCUCUACACCUGGCUGCUCUCCAUGGCCACUCAACUGCAUCAAAGCAACUUCUGAAGUCGGGAGCAAAGACGAACGGCCAGGCAGUUGGCGGGGAUACAGCUCUUCACUUUGCGGUCCUUCAAGGUCACCAGAGUGUCAUGAAGUACCUGCUGGAGCGCGACCCGAAUUUGAUCACUAUUGCAGAUGGCCAGUCGCAUACGCCACUGUUUUCUGCCGUGUUUCGUGGAAGCUCGUCCGUAGUGAAGCUUUUGCUUGAUAGAAAAGCCGACCUCAGGGCUCUGUACACAUAUGGCAACUCUGUCCUGCAUCAUGCUGUGAAUGCAGAAAAGUCCAGUGUCAUAAAGCUGCUUCUGGAUAGUGGCUCAGAUGUCAAUCGACAGAACGCCCAGGGUCGCACCCCUCUACAUCUUGCGAUUGUUGGAGACCACUCUUCUGCUGUCAAGGCAUUACUUGAGAGACGUUCUCGAACAGAUAUUGCAGAUAAUCUCGGCAGAAGAGCUCUCCAUGAGGCAGUUCUGUCUGGGAAUAAGGCCUGUACACAACUUCUGUUGAAGCACAGAGUGGCCGAUGAUGCAAGGGAUAACGAUGGUCAGACGGCUCUAGUAUAUGCUAUACAAGGCCGCCACGGGAGCCUCUUGAAGCUUUUACUUGAAAGUGGUACCGAUAUCAAUGCCGUGGACAAGUAUGGCUUCACCAUGAUCAUGGUUGCCGUUCAAGCGUCCGACGAGAAACUCACCCGAAUCCUGUUGGAAAAGAAUCCGAAUCUUGAUCGACUAAGUCGUGAAGGACACACCGUCGCUUUCUAUGCCGUUUUCAGAGGGAAAGCAGUAUCCUUCCUGUCCGAGGAAGAACAAUCGAUCGCUUCGUUGCUCUUCAGACGCUACCAGAAAAGGUAUCAGGUUAAAAAUUCCCCUCUGCCAUCCAACAACGAUGCUGCUUCGAAACCUCGAAGAUCCUCCAAGGUUCCGGCCAAUAUCGUCUCAAAGACACCCAGCAGUGUCCCAAAACCCAGCAACUCUAUGGUAGCAUCAGGAAAGCCAGGGACGCAGCAAGUUAGACCAGUUUCCUCCUUCGCAAGUUACCAACCUCCCCGGAUCCCCAGCGGAAGUGAAGCUGGAAUUUCUUUAGAUGCCAAAUCCAAAGAACAGUCCUCAAAGCUCCCACAAGCUUCUUAUCCUGGUACCUCCUCCUCGACUUCUGUUCCGGCGAAGGCCCCCAUGGUACAAAGAGGAAGUUGGGAUAUCUACAACUCCCUAGCGUCAGGGUCUCCAGCACCUACUCAGGCCGUACAGUCUCAGAAAGCGUACGUUCCAUAUCCCGGUACGCCCAAAACAAGCCCGGGAGAAAGUCAGGCUUCAGCCCAGUCCUUCCAGACGUUCCAACCAUUUUCCGUCGGUCAAGCCCAAAAGACUUCUUCACCUACAGCCCAAGUGCCUUUGAGCCAGUUCGAGAAGAGGUAUUCCGUGCCCUCGCUUGACUCUUGGGGGCAGCCUGGAAGCAAUGGUUCUGCCUCUGCCUCUGCCUCUGCAGCUGGCCCAAAUGCACCAGCACAACCAUAUCAAGCAUUUGGAGCCGCGUCCCAAAAGCCGAAUAUUUCACAGCAACAGAUGAACGCACCGUAUCAGAAGCCUGCCAAUCCAGUAAGUGCAGCCAAACCCCCUCUGCCCCAGGUAAUACGCAAACCUGUCGGAGGAAAACCUGCUACGCAAGCAGCGGCUGAGAAGCCCACUCAACAAUCCUCGUUUCUUCCGUGGCAGCAACCACAAGCUCCAGUACCAACGCAGACACAAGUUGGUACAACACAUUCGUUGCCGAGCAAGCCGUAUGCCCGUGUACAGGCUCCCACGAGUAGGCCACAAGCUCCACCAAGUACGACGCAUCCUACGCCGGGGAAGCAAGGUGCAAGUGAUCCAAUGCCAUAUCUAUCAAGCAGAGCUCCGGUGUCCUCCACUAGGACAUCACAGCCUGCACCUACCAAGGAUCAAGUUCAUCCUGUGACAGCACAAGCUUCACCAGGAAAGCCUCAAGCUCAAGGCGGUAUUCCUCCACGAAAACCUCAAGCGACUCCUGGGGUAGUACAGCCCCAGAUGGCCAAGCCCCAAAUACAGGCUCAGGCUCAUCCGCCGUGUGGAAAGACAGCUCCCGUACCAUCCACAUCUCAAGCUCCUCCUGGAGCAACACAACCUCAAGCUGCCAAACCUCAGGCAAAGCUUCAGGCUCAAACUGGCAAGCCAGCACCAGUACCACCCAAGUCUCAAACACCUACUGGCGCGGUACAACACCAGACAGCCAAGCCUCAGGCACAAAAUGGAAAGGCAGAGCCCCAAGCACACAAGGUGCAGGGCCCCUCAGGAACCUCGCAGAUUCCGUCAGGAAAGCCUCAGGGCCAGGGAAGUUUGCCUUUACAGAAACCUCAAAUCCAUACUUCAAAGGUGCCAAGUCAACCAGCAAGGCCUUCAGUUCAAAAUGGUACAUCUGCACAGAAUCAGUCAUCUUUCGUAGCCUCUGCAAGACCUUCCGCUACCCCUACCCAGACUCAAAAGUCAACUCCCGAUCAAAGAAAGCCUAUCCCAUCAUACACUGGAUCAGGCCCUCAAGGUUUCAAGUCUCCCAGGAGCACUCCAGUACAAGGAAGUUCUGACCGGAAACCCCAUCAGUACAUUGAUCAGAAUUCCACGAUAUCUCCAGUACCUCAUUAUCCUGAACCCUUCUAUCGUGGACCAUACGGCGAACAGAUGCAAACCUCUACGUUUACGUCUACCAGAGAAUUUACAAACAGCUACGACCCAAACACACAACAAACGGGUACUAGCAGUAUGUCCAGUGGCAAGAUAGCUACAGUUACAGGCGUUGGCGUCUUGGCUGGCGCUGCUGGUGGCCAUUUCCUGUCUUCCGAGAUUCGUGGAGAUCACUCUAAUCCAAGCAUCACCGAUGACAACAGCUAUAUCCAUAUGGAUGUAGGUACGAACCAGCAAUCUGCAGAUCACUCUGAUGGGGAAUUGGAAGCACAUGUGGAGUUUUCAGAUCAUUCUGAAGAGUUUUCUGAGUCCGAAGACAAAGCCAACUCUAUCAACAACAGUGGCUCUGAUGGCUUUUUGUCAGAUGAAGAGUAUGAGCUUUCGGACUCCGAGGUUUCUGUAGGUCAAGCUUCAUCCGAUGAUGAGAUCUCGGAGUGGGGAGAGUCAGACGCAGAAUCGAUUCAUGAAGACUCGGACUCUGAUGAACUUGAUCUGGAUAGCCCAUACAUGUCUGCCGACUUUACAGACAGUGAAGCUUCAGAAGCAGAGGAUCUUGGUGCUCAUGACUUGCAAGCUGAGUCGGGUAGUGACCUUGACACAGACCCAGGCCAAGCUAGUGCUGGAGAAGACUCCGAAUCCGACGAGAGAAACUCUGUUAACAAUGAAUCCGGGGGUGAGCUCGACGAGUCGGUUCAGUCUGUGGGGUUUGAGCAACAGAGUUACACCUACCAACAGUAUCAACAACAAGGGUACUUGAAUGAGCAUUCCCAGCAGCCCAUAUCUGAAGAGCCCGAAUCCGAGGAAUAUUCGCAGUCUAAUCUCCAAUCUCAGUAUCAACAGCAAGGUUACUACAACCAACACAAUCAAGUAGCUGACCAAACUGAAUCGGAAGAGGAUGAGCCACAAAAUUUUCAGGACCAGCAGCAACAACAGCACCAGGGCUACUAUGGUAGCCAUCCGCAGAAUCACGCGCCUGAACAAUGGGAGCCUGAGGAAGAGCCCUAUCAACAACAGUAUCAGCAGCAGGGCUACCACAGUGGGCAGCAUCAACAGCAAGCGCUUCAACAGUACGAUUCUGAAGAUGAAGAAGAGCAACAGGUUGCACAAGGAUCCGUCAAUUACGACAGCGACCAAGAGGUUGAAAGUGAUCAAGAAGUGAAUAAUGGCUAUAGCAGCGAUGAUCAGGGCCAGCAGGCUACCAGUGAGCAAUACAGUGGAGGAGGUUGGGGCAAUAGUUAUGAUUCUGAUUAUUAG